AUGCGCGUGAGGCUCUGGACGGAGGUACUGGUGUCAGGAACACCCUGCGAGACACUCGUAACAGUACACAAGUCUCGGCUCCGUAGGCAGACGUUCAGUACGUCUCAUCCUACCUGCUGUGUACGUCGGCGUCGUGUUCAGAGCGUCAUUACGCGUCGAGUUAUAUGUACUAGUAGCAGCUACCUGUUGAAUCGGCAAGGUGGCACACUCUCGUUGUGAAAUCACCCCGGUCCCAAUGUAAAAAAUUAAACAAAAAAGAGGAAAAUUUUCUGUUUUUGUGAUAACGCAAUCUCUUGUUUCAUAUCUGUGUUAAAAAUUCUACAUACAAGUAUUCAUAAAACAUUGGCAUAAAACGUAUAGAGUAGUAACGUGAUGAGACAAUGCAUUAAAUUAUUAAAUAGAUUUAGUCUUCGAAGUGACUGAAAUUAAUAGGAGUAUGUGAACAUAACAAAAGGAACUAUGUAGUGAUUUAGCAUAGAAUUAUUAUUAUUAUUAUUAAGACUGAAUAUUAGUAUCCAUAACACAUUUCAAGAAGAAGCUAAGUUACACGACCCACACACAUUAAAAAGUGUGUAAAAAGUUUAAAAGCAUAAACACUACGCACUUGUUCAACUGUUUCUUCCGGCUGAAGACUUGUCCUUUACAAAUUUUAAACGUCACUGUAUGCUAAGCCGAUCGAAGUUACAUUUUCUCAAGAAGACUGAAAUUUCGAUACCGUAUACCUGUCACGAAGCAGAAUCAUUGAGCCAGAAGCGAUGAUGCUGUGCUGAAUACAGUGUGUUCCUGAAGUGAAUGAAAUACUGGAGGCCAAUGCGGUAACAAAUAAUUUUUGAAGAAGACAAUGAAGUGUGUGCCCGAACUCUUUAAUUGCUUGAGAUAUUGUGAUAUUCUUCAGAGAAUAUUAAAUUGCUUGAAAAGUGAAUUCUGAGUGUUAAGUGGUAUAUUAAAAUUUACUGGCGCUUCAGGCAAAAUGUGUGAAUUUGGUUUAUACACAAUAAAGGAAUAGAAACAAACUUGAAAUUAAAAGAACGGCGCCUAUUAAAAAUCUAGAAGGAAUAUUAGUGAAAUGGAAGUGUAAAAUGUUUCAUUCAUGAAUAUGUAUAUGAUUCUGCAUUGUAAUUUGGAAGUUUCUAAGAACUUUGCUUCUGAAUACUAUUAAUCUCGGAAAUUCGGUCAGAAAACUUUCAGCCAAAUUUUAUGUGCACAAACCUUACUGAAUACAAAAGCCAAAUGAAACAACAUUUUCUAAACUUCUAUCUAUUUAAAACAGUUUUUACCUUCCAAAUCAAUGAAAGCAAGACACGGUUCCAUUUUUUCAAUAACAUAAAUUUUUUGUUUAUGUGCAAAUUUCAGUGUCGUGUUACUUCAGUUGUUAUAACGUCUAUAAAUUAUCAACUGUGGAUGACAUACGUAUGACAUGUACACAAAUUAUCGUCACAUUUCAAAUUUUAUAAAUCACUUCUAGAGCGUAUUAUCUUCCAAAGACUUUAAUCUGAUGCUACAACUGUGUGUUUCUAUGGCCAUGUAAACCUUUAAAAGAUUUUUAACUCGUGGGUGUUUGAAAUUCCUUGUAAACUAUAAGUGUAGGAUAAAAUUUAUACAUAAUUUUGAACCCUAUCUAAAAGUCAUUCCAAACAGGGUUUCCUUGCCCUCCAAAUUUAAUAAGACAUCUUGUGACAGAAUAUCAUUGCUAAGAAGAAAAUUACAUAAAGUUGUGCUGUGUUACGAUGUACGUUUAUUACAUAUUGUCUUUAUGUAGUGGAAACUAAUAGCUGAAGCAAACAUGAAAGGACAGGUAUUUGAGCAACAGCUUUUGGCCGAACUAUUCAAUUUCGAUUGAUUCUCGUUGUUUCAUACUACCUAUUUAAGAGGAAAAUUUGGUCAUGGAGAAAUUCCAAUAAAGCGAAUAUGAAUGCAACUUCAAGACCACUAUUGAAACAUUCACGCUACAGUUUAGCGCAUUUACUAAGGAUACUUUUCAUUAUGGAUAGAUUAUCUGGGAACUCUGCGUUCAACAACUCACUGGCAGAUUUGAAUGAUUUGGAAGAAGACCUCUUAUCAUCAACGCUGCCUGAAACUCAGUCUCUAUUGGAACAGUUCAACAUCACUGACAUCGAGAAGAUUCUGAACAUGUCGUCAAGGCCUGUCUCUGUCAUGACCCAGUGUUACUGCAGCGGUCCUAUGCGGGAAGUGUUGGUGUCGUAUAAGUCAGUACACGGCUAUUUGAGCCUGAUCGUAUGCAUAUUUGGCACCGUGGCCAACGCACUGAACGUGGCAGUGCUCACAAGAAAGGACAUGGCCAGCGCCCCCAUCAACAGGAUCCUGACUGCUCUUGCCAUUGCGGACAUGCUCGUCAUGCUGGAGUACAUCCCCUAUGCAUGCUACGCAUACCUGGUGCUACCUGGGGAACUCAACAUGCCCUACAAGUGGGCAGUGUUCGUGCUCUUCCACUCUCAUUUCACACAGGUGCUACACACUAUCUCCAUAGGUCUGACGCUCGUGUUGGCUAUCUGGAGGUACAUCGCCAUCAGGUUCCCACAGCGAAGCCACAUCCUGUGUUCCGACAAACGGUGUAACAUGGCGAUUGGGAUCGGCUACACGCUACCCCUGCUGGUCUGCAUCCCCUCAUACUUUAUGUUUAAGAUACAGGCGACAGUAGUGCUGGAGAACGAUCAGUUGAUCGUUUUGUACCACGUGGGAUUGAGUGGGGUCGCCAAGGAGGACGACGAACUGCUGUUUUGUAUAAACUUCUGGAUCUACGGCAUAAUUAUCAAGUUACUGCCGUGUGCGAUUCUUACAGUCAUCAGCUGCUGGCUCAUCAAGGCUCUCUACAAGGCCAACCGCAGGAAACAGGCCCUCAAAGGGCUCAACAACUGCAAUUCUGCAAGCCUGUUGUCUUCCGAGAAACGAAUCGUAUCCAAAUCUGAGAGGCGAACAGACAGGACCACAAAGAUGUUGGUGGCCGUCCUCAUGCUGUUCCUCAUCACAGAGUUCCCACAAGGAAUACUCGGGCUCCUCAGCGUGGCGCUGGGAAGAUGUUUCUUCAGGACAUGUUAUUAUUUGUUCGGUGAAGUAAUGGACAUAUUGGCACUUCUAAACGGUGCCAUAAAUUUUAUCUUGUACUGUUCAAUGAGUCGCCAGUUCCGAACAACUUUUGCGCUGUUGUUUAAGCCUAGAAUGUUGACAAAGUGGUCAACACCUGCUUCACAGACAGAUGUUCAGAGUACGUAUGUCUGAUACAGACCUAACGGUGCAAUCACUUUGCGAAGUUUCCUAACACUUUCGAGUCAGAGAAAGAUUCCUACAGUGUCUCAGGAUUGUGUAUAGUUAAUUAUUUGUCAAUUACUGACUUACACAUCGUGAAUGCAUUAUACAGCAUGUCUCAAAAGUUCUUAGACAUAGGGAAUAAUGAACUGCAUUACAAUAAAACAAAAAUAUAGUAAUUUCUCUUUUCCUUAUCUUCCCAAAUCCAUCGUGUGAAAUAAAACACAGUUUUUACGAAAAUUACUAAAAAAAAUACUGUCACAGCAAACAAUACGUAAAAGAACAGAUCUAUUUCGUGGAUACUAUAGAAUAUUUCUUGUUUUAGUGAGCAUUUAAUAUGCAAACAAAGACAUUCAUACUCAAUCCCUGUUUCAUGGAAGUUACAUGACAUCUUUUAUAAUCAACUCGGUUUCAGAACCUGGAUCUUGAAUACGGUCGAUUCCUCUAUAAAAUAAGUGUUCUCAAUUUAUUAUAUAUUUUAGUAAAUAUUCUGCGUAGAUAAACUUACAAUAUGCCCGAGUCUCUCCUAAAUAUGCGUAUUAGUUUAUGUGUUACCUUGGAUUAUACAUUAAAGACAACUCGGUAGUAUUACUAAUAUUUGUAUAUAAUAUUAUAAUCCCAGGCAAUAUUGGUCCAAUAUUAGUAUCAGUGUUCAGAUAAUAAGAUAUUAGCUCAAUGUAUUAUAUGUAGAAAAACAUAAAUUUUACAUAUUGCAUGUCACAAACGUGUUACGUGUGCAAACUGUCAGCGAUCACAUAUAUUUAUAUAGGCCUGUGAGGUGCAUAAAACAAAAUGCAAAUCUUUCAAAAUGCGAAAACCAAUAGUGUUAUUCACAUGGAAUUACAUUCUUAUUCGCCCAGUUACACCGGUUCAAAGUCCCUGGUUACACGAGAUAAUUUAAUAAACGAUUUUUAUUUUAAUGCUUAAAGUCCGAUUAUGACAAGACUUGUACAAAUUUAUUGUCAGAGAGAGACCUAUCAGUUAUUUAUUUGCCCAGAUUUGUUUCAUUAUCCAUAAUUAAUUUCAUCAUCAAUAUUCAAUAAACCCAGCAGCAAACUUAGAAGUUUUUAUAAAUAUUAAUAUUUCAGGCCCUAUUUCACAGUCAUAUAUAUACAUAGUUUUGUAUAAACUCCACUGUAGUAUACUUCAUUAUCCCAAUGUAUUCUGCACGCCCUGCCCAUCUCAGUCUUCUUGAUGCGAUAGAUAAACUUAACAAGCGCGUUCGGCAGAAGGAAUUAUAAAUGAAGAUGGUUGUCUUCUGGGUUGUUGCACCGUGUAGUCUGGUAGAAGUUUACUGACGUUUCAGAGGUCUUUGUUACCUCCUUCAUCGCCUUCUGCCAGAAUACACGGCGCAACAAGCCAGAAUACAGCCAUCUUAAGACUCACAGCCGUGAAAAUUAUGACCACAGCGGACUAUUCCCUUAUAAUAAAUAGGCAUUAAAUUCACAUGCAGCUAUUCACGGUUAGCUGAUACUGACAGCGUCAGUCACUCUGUCAUGCUAAGGGGUACGGGUAGUUAUCAGCCAUCAACAUCUGCCUGUAAAUGUAACAGCUGCGACAGGUAUCAAUUUUAGCAUUCUCCAGUCCGCAGAUUAAUAGGGCUCCAUUGUACAGGCUACAGCCCGUCCGCCUCUUCAUCUACUUUUUAAGAAGUAUUUUCAGAUUAAACUGAGGUCUCAAACUCAGUCCCCACAGCGUAGUUAAAUACACCAUAAAUAAAUAAAUUCACAGUCAAUUGUGUUUGACUAAUAAACCGAUUGAAUCCGUAUUAUUAUUAUUAUUAUUAUUAUUAUUAUUCUCUUGAAAUGCUUUACUUAGCUGAUAAAAAUUUCAGUCUUUCAUUACUUCUAUAACACCCAUUUUAAUAUUAUCAUCCCAUCUACGCCUAUGAGCACUUCUUAUAUCCCCAUUCGGGCAAUAAAUACAUCUCCCGCCCACUUCACCCGAUCUGAUCAGCACCCCUACUAAUAUUAUGAUAAGAGGGUAGGCCUCAUUUAAUAACGCAACUUUUUCUCGUCUUUUCAAUUCCUCUUUCCUAAACCCGAAUAUUCUCCUCGAAUCUUUCUGUCUAAAACAGAAAAUAUCGAUAUGUUGAAUGCUCUAAUCAAUUUGACUAAUAAUUAAACACAUAAUUUUUGUUAGGAAAAUGUAUAAAAUAUACAUGUGCUGUCGAAAUGCUGGAGUUUAAUUCAACCCUGAAUACUUGCGCGUUACAAGCGGGGGCGAAGCGUUCGUAUUAACAGCGGCGGCCGUGUUAGCCGGGCUAACAGGGUUAACAUGAAGGCUCCGCCUCUGAUUACAAGUUAUAUCAUGCCACGGGCAAAAAGCGAAUAGGAGCUAUUUGUGAUAAACGGCACAGCUCAUGCCAGUAAUUCGACAAUAGACGGAUCAACAGAGCUGACCUUAGGUUAAUCUUACGCAGCGACGUUCCUUCCACGCAACAUCUCAGCAAAUCAGAAAGAAUUUUGGCCUGUACAUAAUUGCACAAUCCUACUAACACUGUAACAGCAAACUUGACUUGGAAAAUUCAGAACCCAGUGAAGUGAUUGAACUAAAUAUAUCAAUUUGUAGCAUUUAUCAGUCAAUAUAUGUGAAGGAGUACAAAUGAGUUUUGAUUUCCUAUUGUGAAUUUUGGGACAGCACCAAACACAUCUCUGCCAUAGGGUAGGAUACUGUUGUACCACCUUUUGUAUUUUUGUUCAUUGACUACUCGAGCAAAACUGUGCACAACCAAUCAGCACCAAAUUCAAAUGCUUGUUACACAGCUUGGACGAAAUAUUAAGGAGUAAAUGCAGUGUGUCUAUCUCAGUACGUCUAACGUGAGCAUAAGAAAACAUCCUUCCUAAUAACUGCACACAAACUAUAGUUAGUAUGAAUGUAUUUUAUUGUAAAUAGACAAAUAUAUUUUUAUUGUGUUGAGGAUAUUAGUCGCCGUAAUGUGUGAAUGUGCAUUUAUAACAGAAAAUAAAACUGUUACGAUGUAACUGCUGUAUUUUAACCACAAUGUUAUUUAUAGCACGAAGACGACACAUCGUAUAUAACUAAUUUCUCUGAAAGUUCAGCAUUUUGAAAGUAAUAGUAAGACUUGGAUGUUUGUAUAUGUUAUUAGACUAAACUACAGGGUAUUCAUUAAUAAUAACGGUGUUCGAUUUUUAUAUAUUGUGAUCAAAUAGUCAAGAAUAUAAAUAAUUAACUCCCCUUCCCUCCGUCCUCUUUUACAACAAUAAAUACGAUGUUAGACUAAGUUUAACAUUUGACAGCCCUAGUAAAUAAUGGUAGAAUUUUGAUUACUAUUAUAUAGACGAGUAAUUUAAUAUCCCGCACAAAUAAAUAAACAUUACAAAUUCAAUUUUAUAAACAUAAGUGCAUGAUGUGAUUCGUUGUACUCUGUGUAUUUUAAAGUUGUGUUAAAGAUAUGUAUUCGUAAGCGUAUUUUAAGAACAGUGUUUAUUUAAACGUUAAAAAAGUACGAGUAAGUUAUGUCGGCCACAUUUCUGUAGAAAACAUUCUUCAUAAUUUGUCUUAUGUUUUCUGCAACGUAAAUGUAUUAAAAAAUCCAUUGACUUAAAACAGGGCUUAAACCGUUACUGUUGUUAAAAUGCAAACUUUGAUAGAUUUAUCAAAUUAUCUCGCUGUUACUGGUGCUUCGAUAAAGUGUUUUUUGACAAAACACACUACUGGCAUUUUUAUAAGUAAACCACUUUCUAGCGUCCUUAAUUGCUACAAAACGUUCCACACUAAAUAAGAACUCUCACAGUGUUUUAUGCAUUACGGCGUCUGUGCUCAAGAACGCAGAGCGGUAAAUUUAUGAAAUGUGAUUGAAACGUAGAUAGCAUAUUCAAUAGCUAAAUGACAUGUUUUCUUUAAUAUAGCUACAGUAAACAGAUCGGGAAUAAACUACUAUAAACGAAAUAGAAUACAAUACACACAAUGCGUAAUUUAAAAAUACUUAAUAUCAGGCUUCUAAAUCAGUUGGAAUAUGAUGAGAAACUGGUUAUUUUUUGUAAAUAUUUGUGCAAUUAAACUCAAAUUUUGUGGUGAACGGCAAAUAUAUAUGAAUUUAUUUAAACCUUAAUGCUAACCACAUUUAUUUCAUAUUCCAAUUCGACUUUCAAGUUCUGAGACUGGGUAGUGUCGAAUACGAUACUAGUCAUGUUAGUUUUCAAAAUGAACUAGUGUAGAAAUUUAAUCGUGAUCUUGAUCGCGAUGAAUUUGAAAGUACCUGAAGCAGCUUGGCUCAUAACAACGACACUGAAGACAUGCGAUAAUAUAAAAUUAAAUGUUGUAUUUGUACACGAAACAAUUCGGCGGUAAUCCUUUCAAGCAAGCUCAUCAAAAAUAAUAUUUAAAAAAAUUCAUUCAGUACCUCAAGGAAAACAAACAAUUCCCCAUUAUAAAGCUCCAUUAGUAACCACCGUCCUUUAAAAUUCAAAACACAAAAUAUCAAAUACCCAAUGUGUGGUUUCACAAUAAUUUACUUCCAAAGGAAUUCAAUGCUUUACUUCAUAAGAAAGUGAAUGGAACUUUUUAUAUAGAAUUCACUUAAUUUUCAGUCAAAUUAUUGCAGAAUUAAAUGCUUUACGCCCUAAGAAAGUGUAUGGAACUUUUUGUUGGAUUCAGACAGCUGUAAAGAUUGUGGAAUUAUUAAGUAGAAGCUGUAGUGUCAGGUAUAACACAAAAUCAUGUAAAAUCCAGAAUAUUUUUUCCGGAACAAAAUCAUUCUCUCUCUCUCUCUCUUCUAACCUGAGCAAAACAAGCAUUAAUAGUGUCUUGCAUGAGAACUAUUACAACCGUUAUUGUGGUAGCGAGCCAUUAUGACAAAGUAAAAUUUUGCUACUACUGAGUGCAUGGACACGUCAUGAUCAUACCUCCUCGGACUUGAUGAGUUUCAGAGUACUUUAAACAUUUUUGAUUACAAUGGAUAAAUUUUAAAUGAUUAUUAGAGAGUCAAGAAAACAACCAAACUUUCUCCUCACUGAUACUAACAACAUAAUUCUUACGUCGGUGUUCUGAUUCGUAUUACCUUAUGUAUAAGACUGUAACACGUGUCAAAAGUUUCUUUUCUGUGCAAAAGUUUAUAGGUUUCCCCAGUUUUACCUACUUUAGAACAUACAGUACUACUGUACAAUAUAUGAGUUUUAUGUUCAAUUUUUCUUCCUUGUAUUUAGCCUUUCUACGGAACAGACUUAUGCACAACAAAAAUAUUUGUUUUAAUUACAGUUCUUAACUGCAGUGGUUCCACGGAACUGAGAAAAUGUUAUCUCCUGUCUUCAGUCACACUAACUGGUUUACAACAUACAUUAAUCAGCGUAUGUACCGGUACGUGGUAUGGUCUUGUCUUCCCACAGCAUGUGCAUUACACAAACAAGAUUUUUCAAAGUACGAAUACAGCCUGAGUAUAAAUUCUGAAGAUUUCUGUCUUGUUUGUUAACAUCGGCCAGACUACACGGCGCAACAACCCAGAAGACAGAAAUCUUCAUACUCACCGCUGUGAAAACCUUAAACUUUACAAUUGUACUUCUGUUUUAACUGAUAUAGGCACACCGUUCGCAGUGUCAUUAAAUAUGUCACCUGCGAUUUUGAGACACACUGUAAGCCGCUCACUUUCGUUCGUAACUCUGUCAUAUAUAUAAUGGCAUCUGUCAAGUCUGUGUUUAGUUCAUAUACAAAGAUGGAGAAAUAUUAUUAAAACGGUGUGUUAUAUUAUUGAAGAAAUGUUUGAAUUCACUUUGAAAUGAGCCCGGCGUGAAUUCACGGUUCUUGAAAUAAGCUAACUCAUAAGUUGCCAAGGUGCUUAUUGAUAAGAUAAGUCUGUUGGUAAAAAAUUGAAGUAGUUUUCAAAAUAUGUAUGUAAUAAUAUUGUACAUUAACAGAGUAUUAAAAUAUGUAAAAAUA